AUGGCUUCCAGAACAUCACCAUUCGACUUGUCAAAAUGCGCUCGACCUAAUAUUCUGCAAUUGCAGCCCUAUCGCUGCGCCAGAGAUGACUACAAAGACGAUGGGACUAACGUCCUGCUGGAUGCGAAUGAGAAUGCCUACGGCCCCGGUCUAGCACUGAACAGCGAGGGUGCCCUGCAGGCCUCGAAGACCGGCGAUGCGACAGGCGCCUCCAAGCCCGAGAUUGAUUUCCUGGGCUUGAACCGAUACCCCGAUCCUCACCAGAUCGAACUUAAGCAGCUCUUCUGCAAUCUCCGCAAUACUCACCACCACACACAAAAGACCCUAAAGCCCGAGAGCCUGUUCGUAGGUGUUGGGUCCGAUGAGGCUAUCGAUGCGAUGCUACGAUGCUUCUGCACACCGGGCAAGGACAAAAUCCUUACAUGCCCACCGACUUACGGAAUGUACAGCGUGAGCGCCCAGGUUAACGAUAUCGACAUAGUCAAGGUGCCGUUGGAUGUGAACAACGGCUUCCAGCUGCAGGCCGACAAGGUCAAUGAGGCCCUAUCCGCCGACCCCUCCAUCAAACUCGUGUAUAUCUGCUCUCCGGGCAACCCGACCGCCAACCUGAUCCGCAAGGAGGAUAUUCGCAAGGUGCUGGAACACCCUACAUGGAAUGGCAUAGUGAUCGUUGAUGAGGCAUACAUCGAUUUCGCUGAGGAUGGCUCCAGUUUGGCCGAGUGGGUCACCGAGUGGCCCAAUUUAGCGGUCAUGCAGACCCUCAGCAAGGCAUUUGGUCUUGCCGGCAUCCGUCUCGGCGUUGCCUUCACCAGCCCCGAGAUCGCACGACUCCUGAACAGCCUCAAGGCCCCCUACAACAUCUCUAGCCCGACCAGCGCGCUCGCGACCGCUGCAUUGACGGGCCCCAAUAUGGCGGUGAUGCGCCAGUACCGUGAGCAGAUUGUCGCGCAGCGCGAGCGUUUGCUCCGCGAAUUACCGCAGAUUUCCGGUGUUGGGCGGUUCCUGGGCGGGAAUGACGCGAAUUUCUUGUUGGUGGAGAUUUUGGAUAGCACCGGGAAACCAAGCAACGUGGUCGCGCUAGCAGCGUAUGAGGCGUUGGCAGAGAAGCGUGGGGUUGUGGUGCGGUUCCGCGGUAAGGAGUAUGGAUGUGAGGGCUGUAUUCGGAUCACCGUUGGUACUGAAACGGAGGUCACCAGGUUCCUGCAGGAGCUGCGGGUUGUUCUGGCUGGAUUGCAGGCGGGAGUCGGCAUUCAGUCGCUUCGGGACGAAGAGCGGCGGGAGGAUGCGGCCGCUGCAGUGGUUGGGUAA